UCUACUUAGCCCCAGCGCGAGGUACUUUUGCAGAAUAUGUACCAUACCAAGACCAGCUUUUCACCAAAACCCCUUCCAAGCGUUUCCAAUUCGUACCAAAGAGUGGUAUGAAACCAACUUGGGUAAACUUGAAGCUGGAGAAAUUACUCCUUCGGAAUGUGGCUUGAAACACGGAGGAUCAAUUCUAAACGAGCUGGACCAUUUCCAUGUAACCGAAAACUUCGCACUUGACACCAUGCACGAUAUUGCCGAAGGAAUUGUGCCAUUGACUGUUCAACUCGUACUCAGUCACUACUACAAACAGAAGGAGCUUGGAAUGACGACGGAUUAUAUAAACCAGCGUAUUCAUCUUUUUGCCUAUGGUUAUGUCGACAAAAAGAAUCGCCCCAGUGCCAAUUUUACUGAUGAAAUGCUUUCUAAGCCAGCAGCAUAUCGUUUGAAGCAAACGGCAUCGCAAAAUCUUUUACUGUUGAGAGCUUUCCCUUUCCUUUUUGGCCAUAAGGUACCCGCUGAUUGUGAAUACAUGUGUAUGAUUGGGCAUUUAAUCAACAUUUCUCGAAUUUUGAUGUCCACAAUCGUUUCGGACCAUAUGCUCGGAUCUUUGGAAGAACACGUAAAGCUGUAUGAAGGUUUGUUCUACAAAACUUUUAAACGACGAAUUAAUAAAAAUCACCACUUGGAUCACUAUGUGUAUUGUAUCCAACAGAGCGGCAACAUGAAGCAGUUUAAUUGUCUCGUUUACGAACAGAAAAACAAACCACUGAAGAGCCAAUCAUCAACGUGCAAAAACUUUAAAAAUAUAUGUAAAAGUUUGGCUAAACGACAGACCUUCAAGAUGGUAACAGACAUACUUGACAACCCAUUUACCGAUAAAAUUGUCUAUGGUCCAGGAAGUAUUGUGGCUCGUAACAAUUGCCGAGCUGAGAAGUUUUUACAUGAAAAUGUUUCUCAUGUCUUCGUGCCUAAAAGGGUAUCGGUAAAUGGAGUAGAGUUUCGUCGAAAUUUGAUUGUGUGCCUCAAAAACAUAAAUGAUGAAUAUUACCCGUCGUAUGCCAUCAUAAUUGAAAUUAUUGUGAUAGACAGCAAGUUGCACUUUCUCGUAAAAAUAUGUAACACGGAAUCGUACGACGAUUUUCUACAAGCCUACGAGGUAUCAGUUGACUCAUCUGAGCGCUUGUUCAAUACAGAAAAUGUACAUCUACACUCAACGUUCUCCUUUUGGAGCGCAUAUGGAAGUGCACGAAAAUAUAUUUCCAGGAGAAAUUACAAUAGAGAUUAUUAAAACAGUGUAAUGUACACAGGAGAAUACAAAAAGAACUAUUUCAUUAUCUUUAACAUUUUUGCAGUUCGCGAAGAGAUAACAGAUCUCGAAACAUUUUUGGAUCUCAACAACAUCGAUUUUGCCAGACUGGAUCUUACAACAAAAAUGAUUAAGACGAUCCUAAGAAUGCAGAGCAAGUGCGCGGACAAAAUAAUACACGAAGAAGAAAAACGAGACGAGGAAAACAAUCCGGAAGCUGCAAUCGACGAAGUUGAUGAGGACGCGGUUGAGAUUGAGCUGUCUACGAACCCAGCUGAUAUCUACAAGUCCAUCACGCUUGAGAAGGUAUGUAUACAAUUUGAUCUGUCUGGAUCCACCCACGCAAACGAUGAAUAUUGAAUAUAAAAGUGUCAUGCGCUCACUUGCUACUUAGUACGUGAUUGUAUUCAGUCUCUACAUGAAUCGAAUACUUAAGAAUCAAACACCGAUUGUUUUCAAAAAGCAUAGUUAGUAAACCCUUUUCAAAUGUCUCAGAAACUACACUGCGAACCAUAAAAACAGUUCGUAUAUGUUUUUAAAACCAUCUCUUAGUAUUACACAAAACCGUACAUAAAUAAUCAAAUCAUUAACACACAUUUAUCACAAACUCACUUUUUCACCACAGGAAAUCAACAUCAACACCGUCCUAUCGAAAACCUCAACCGGGAGGGGUUUGAUUGAACUUCUUCUGGAAGGCAACAAUCCGACCGACAAGAUGAUCUCGCAGAUUACCCAUAUCUUGUGUGAUUGCUUGCUGGCCGUAUAUGGAGAGUAAGUUUCGUGAAACAAAAAAAAAAACAAAACUUUAAUAGCCAUCCACCGCUCGUUUUAUACGAUUUGAAUAGUAAACGUAUGAAACAAAUGGUGAAUGGAGCAUGAGCGGUGAAUCACGACCUCAAGGAUCAACCAAAUCACGAAAGAUAUUUUACUUACCUGUGUUUAUGAAACCUACUAUCUAUUUUUAGAAGACCUUCGACGUUCCACAAAGAUAUUAUUGCUCGAUCUCUGGUGAAGACGUACCCAAUCCUGGCUUCUUCAGCAUCUGAAGUUCCACACGCCUUGUGGUUCCACUGGAAUGGUCGCGGAGAAGGACGUCAUGCCGGAAAAAUUCACUACCGAAUGGAAUACUUCGCUAAAAAGUCUACGAAAAGGGUAUUCCACCGUCAUCGCAACCAGCCGGAAUCUGCAGACGAAGUAGCAUUACCAGGGGAACUAGAUGUAGCGGAAGUGAUUGAAGAUCUGGAAAGCUUGGUAAAGUUCAACUGACCGUUUGUUAUGAAUAAGCAUUUAGGUAUUAUAUUUUGUUUAUCAAUUACAGAUUGCGGAGUUGAAGUUCAUUGUACCUACGGAUCAAGCCAAAACCCAUA